CAAAAUCUCAGGCAGUCGCAUUCGCGUGCUCAACAGCGGCGCGUCGAGUAGCACAAGGAUGUCCGAUGAUCCAAACUCCCACGAGAGAGAGAGAAAGAGAAGGAGAGUAUAUCUUCGGACGAAUUCGUGAGAUGUGCGAGAAACGCGUACAUCUCGUCCGGAUCUGACAUCGCGAUCUCGAGCGGCAAAUUUGGAAAAUUCAGAUGAUUUUAUCCCCAUUCACCCUUUAUUUCAACAUUUUUACGUUCGCGAGUGACGAAUACAUACAACCAGUGAAAGAACCAGCUUCUGCUCUCCUUCGUCUCGUUAUUUGUCGUACACGAUAAUGUGGUAGUGAUAAUGAUCUAUGUGAGGCGCGAUGCUACGUGAUUCGAUUAGGAGAAAUACCGCAGCGUGAUGCGGCAAGAAAAAAGAACUCUAUGAAGGAUGCUGCAAUGAUGUGCAAAGAAGCACACUUUACUUUUUUUUAAACACUGUUAAUUUAUGAGGAAAAUAUCCACGAAUUUUUUAAAUCUGCAUACGAUUCAUAAAUGAAAAUCGACGAGCUUAUUUCUCAAAACUUUUCUAAAUCUAUAUAUUUAAAAUAAUACGAAGUUAUGGGAAGUUACACUUAACUUUUACAUUUUUUUUACAUGAAUGAAACAUAUGGAAAGUUUUGUAAUAUUUUUAAGUCGAUUGGGGAGGGAGGAUUUUUAAGCUUAUAAGAUCGGAAGAAAAUUAUCGACUGUUUCUCGAUAUCAUCAAAAGUUCCGCAGCAUAUUCCAUAACGAGCUUCUUGGAAAAGAAUGAUAAUUAUUAGGCAAUUUUAUUUAUCUGACUGGAUGCUUCUUACCGAGACGAAACAAAAUUCGAUUAUCAUCAUUAAGUACAACCCGUGGAGAAUGAACGAGUUAUAAUAUGAAGGGAAAGACAAAAAUUGCUCGAGUGUUGGAGAUUAAAUAAAUCAAUAUUACGUUGAUGGAAAAUGAAUGAGAGUAGGAAAUAAAAAGAUAAGAAUUUAUUGAAGCGACCGGAGAGGUUGAAUAGGUUGAUGCGUAUAUUUUUGCCUGAAAUCUCUCGUGAAUUUUUGAACGAGACGUUUUGGAUACGGGUUCACGUGUCUAGGGAAAACGAGAAAAGAGGGUAAUUCCUUAUUUAUUCGCCUAGUCCUAGGGGGAUUCUCUUAUUUACUCGCUUAGUCCUUCGGGGGAUUCUCGGCCGAGUGGUCGCUUGUGACAAAUUCUUUCUGUCAGAAUCAAGGAUGGAGUAGCAGAAUCUAAUCCUCAGCAGGAUCCAUUGCGAGAUCUUCUUUUAGAUUCCGUAAAGUUAAGGAUUACAUUUCUAAAAUAGAAACAUUAGCAGCAUAUUUCGUUCACUUUAAAAUUACAUGUAUAAGAUGUAUAAAUAACGUUAAGAGCAUAUAAACAAGAAAAUAUGUAGUGACAUAAUGGAGCGUCGAGUGACGCAGUGAUAGAGUGAUUGUCUCCUGAGAGGAAGAUCCUAGGAUCAAGUCCUGAUCGACGAAGACCGAUCUUUCGCGCUCGUUCUUCGUAAACGAGAUCGAUUGUCUUCCAAGGAUUGUCUUCCAAGGAGUGUCUUCCGCGUCGUCUUCCCUCGAGCUACUUCUUCUCGAAACUGAUUAGACUGAACAUCAUCAUUAUCAUUGUGCUAUUUAUACGUGAAUUCUCAGACUUCAGUGAGACGAACCGACCAGUGAACUGGAAAAUAAGUUCAGUCGAGCUGCUUUCAAAGUCGAAGGAGUCAUCAUCCCUAGGAACCACGAACAUUCAAAAGAAUCUUAUUAGAAAAGUCAGGAUUUCAGAAAGGACUGGAGAAAAAGAUUGUUAUUCCUAGGAAAAUCAAAAUCUUUGUGAACCGAGUGUAUCCACAGUUUGAAAUGCACAUAUAUUAAGGAUAAGUAAGUCUUUUUAGAAAAGGAAAGAAAAAUAAAAAUCCAUCCAAGAAGAAACAUAGAACCAACAAAGGUCGCUUCAAUUCCCGAAUUAAAAAUCACAAGAGAUCUUUUCUUCUCUUCAAAACAUCGUUGGAACAUUCCGUCCUCGAAGAAGAGCUACGACUUUCCUGCGUCCUCAUAUCUCCCUCGAUAUUGGGAAGGAGCCGGGACAAGAAGCGUCCCGGGGGUGCGUGCUGGCCAGAGAGUUCAAUGCCAAUCGAACAAGAUUUGGUGCCUACCUAGUGUGCGUGAGCGGAUCCUCGGGCACGAGGGCGGCGCGCCGAGGAGGUCGUCCUCGACCACGACGAUCACGACGACGACGAUGAUGAUGCUGCGCUCGCCGGCGCGCGGCGCUGCCGUCACCGUCCUGAGAGAGCCCUCCGCCUCUUCUUCCGCUUCUGCCGCGGUGGCGGCAGCGGCGGCGGCCGCUGUCGCGUCUUCGGCCACCACCGUCUCGGCGCCGCCGACGCCGGUGCACCACGGCAGCGGUGCCGGCGCCGGGGCCGGUAGCUCAAGCAGCGCCUCCUCCUCGCGCCUCUCCCUGCUCGACACCUGCCACAGGAAGAUCAGGCUCUUCGGCGAGCUAGUCGCAAAAGCCAGACGAAAGGAGAAGGAUGCGGGAGCCACGGAGGAUCCUAAACUGUACCUCGAGGAGGCCGCUCUCGAGAGGCAAUUGCCGGAGCUGGACCUGAGGAUGCUCGUGGAUUUACCGCCCGGUCUGGACUACAACGAGUGGCUGGCGUCGCACACCCUCGCACUGUUCGACCACAUUAAUCUCGUAUACGGCACGAUAUCAGAGUUCUGCACCAUGACGGGCUGUCCCGAUAUGACCGGUCCCGGCUUAAGAACGUAUCUAUGGUUCGAUGAAAAGGGGAAAAAAACGAGGGUGGCCGCACCACAAUAUAUAGAUUACGUUAUGACAUUUACGCAACGCACCGUUAGCGACGAAACUAUAUUUCCGACAAAAUACGCAAACGAAUUCCCGAGCUCGUUCGAGUCGAUAGUGCGUAAGAUCCUGCGGCUACUGUACCACGUGGUGGCACACAUCUACCACUGCCACUUCAGGGAGGUGGCGCUCUUGGGGUUGCACGCUCACCUCAAUUGUGUGUUCGCCCACCUCACGCUCCUUAAUCAACGCUUCAACCUUAUAGAUCCCAAGGAAACGGAGAUCCUGGGGGACCUAGAGGCCGCCCUCUUGGGUGACUCGACAUCCGCGCCUUCGCAGACCUUAGCCAUCCAGGAGACUCCGACCACCACAACCACUACCAGUACCACCUAGAUGAUCGCGAUGUGUAAUAGCGCGCGAACAGAGGUUGCAGUUCCUGAGACUAGGUGACGAUAGGCAAUUCGUUCGUUCGUUCAGUUUCUUUUUGCCUCCUUUUUUUAUAGACCACAUGCGAAAAAUAGAAUUUAUUGCGAUACGAUCGACCGGUGGAAGAGAAGAGGAAGAGAUAGAUAGAAAAUAUGAAAGAAAGCGGCGAUUCUGUAAAAAUAAUGAAAAAAGAUACCAGUAGUACCUGUACAUAGCAAAGUGUGAACAACUACAUGAUGUAAUUAGGUUCCUCCGUUUGUUGUUUGUGAGAUUGUACAUAAUUUAUUAAAUGGUAAGAUAUACAUGAGAGAGAGAGAGAGAGAGAGAGAGAGAGAGAGAGAGAAAGAAAGAGAGAGAGAGAUAACGAGUGAGAAUGAAAGAGCGCGAGAGCGAGCGAGAGUGGGAGAGAAAGAGAAAAAGAGCGCGAUAAAAAAAACGAGUAUUGAUUAUUAUUGACAAAGUUAGUUGCUAUAAGAGAUGAUUUGUUCUGUAAAAAAAUGAUACAAUAAUAAUAUUGUAAAGUUAAAAUAAUACCAAAUAUAUACCUGGUGUUAAGGCA